AACAAAAACAAAGUUUUUCUCCAAUCAUAUUAAAACCUCGUGAGUAAAAUUUUAUAAAAUCCUCUAUUUUCUGAUACUGUUCAAAUAUUUUCCCUUGAUAUUUCUUGUUAGAUUUAGGCCGAUCUUUGCUUGUUUCUCAGGGGUUCAAUGGCUGCCAACAUCCCAGCUGGAAUAGACAAAGAGCAGGCGUUUGGAAUGGCGGAAACAGAGAUGGAAUACAGGGUAGAACUCUUUAACAGGCUUGCACAAACCUGUUUCAACAAGUGCGUUGACAAAAGGUACAAGGAGGCUGAGCUAAACAUGGGGGAAAAUAGUUGCAUUGAUCGCUGUGUUUCGAAGUAUUGGCAGGUGAAUAGCAUGAUUGGCCAGAUGCUCAGUGCCGGUGGUCGGCCUCCGAUGUAACACGGUCAUCUUCGUGUUAUGUGUAAAGCAUGGCUAGCCCUGCAAUUGUUUUUAAUAAUUUAUCUGUACUUGGAACUGCUGAUCAAGAGUUCUUGUAAACCGAACUUUCAUUCAUAAAAACUGCCAUUGCUCUUUUGAGAAAUAACAUAUGCCAAAUUUGCUUGUUAA